CUUUUGAAGAAAUUAUAUAAUUGAAACUUUUUCUUCUUUACAUUAUAUUAUUAUUUGCUUCUGUUCCCGAGGGAAUAAUGACGUUAAACUCUUCCUUUUGAAAAACAAAUCAUAACGUUAAAAAAGAGACCAUUUCUUAAGAAAAAAAUCCACUGUGAUCUUUUUAUAAAAUUGUUCUGCAACAAUUUCUCAUCUCUGUACACAAUCGCCAUGGCAGAGCCCAAACCAUGGCCAAUUUCCCUCUUCUUCUUCCUUUUCUUCUCUGCAUUUGCAGCGGCGGUUCCCGACCACCCUCCGCCGUCGACCUCCCAAUUCCCCUUCCCGGAAACCGCCUCCACGGUGGUUCCCGACCCGGCCAAUUUCUUCUCCCCCUCACUCCUCUCCUCCCCACUUCCCACCAAUUCCUUCUUCCAAAACUUUGUCCUCUCCAAUGGCGACCUGCCGGAAUACAUUCACCCGUAUCUCAUCAGAAUCGCAAAUUCCUCGCUCUCUGUUUCUUACCCAUCUCGUUCUUCCAAUUCCUCAAUCACCCAAUUGCCCUUCGUCCCCGAUCUCACCAUUGAUUCCUUCAACAGAACCCAUUUCGUUUCUUCCUUCAGCGAUCUUGCCGUUGAUUUGGACAUCGGCGAUUUCAGAUUCCAUCUCGUUCGUGGGAGUCCUUAUUUGACUUUCUCUGUUCUCGAAACCUCCUCUGUUUCCAUUUCCACUGGCCAUGGCGUCCGUUCUGUUGAUUCUUACGAUUUUUCCACCAAACACAUCGUUCGGCUGAGCAACGGCCGGAACUGGGUACUUUACUCCACGGCGGCGAUUGAUCUAAUUAAGUCUAGUACUUAUCGGAUCGUCACUUCCGGCGGAUUCUCCGGCGUGAUCCGAGUUGCUGUUCUGCCGGAUUCAGAGGGGGAGUCGGAGAAAAUUCUUGAUCGGUACAGGGGAUGCUACCCUGUUUCUGGGUUUGCGAAAUUGUCGGAGAAAUUUGGAGUUCAAUACAAAUGGCAGAAGAGGGGUAGUGGAGAUCUCCUCAUGCUGGCUCACCCAUUGCACCGCCGACUCUUGCCUGAAAAUCAAACGGUUCUCCAAAAUCUCCGGUACGGCAGCAUAGACGGCGACCUUGUGGGCGUCGUCGGAGGAGGCUCGUGGGAUUUGAAUUUCGAUCCUAUUCCGGUGACUUGGCACUCAAUCAACGGAAUCAAUAAGCAAUUCUUCCCGGAGAUCGCCGCCGCGCUUCGCCGGGACGUGAAGGCUCUGAACACGACAGAGCUUUCCUCCACGGCGUCGUCUUAUUUCUACGGGAAGUUGAUUGCGAGAGCGGCGAGAUUAGCGCUGAUCGCCGAGGAGGUGGAUUUCGCCGGCGACGUGGUUCCGGCGGUGGCGAAGUUCUUGAGAAACGGGAUUCAGCCGUGGCUGGACGGGAAAUUUGGGCGAAACGGGUUCCGGUAUGAACGGAAAUGGGCCGGAUUGGUGACGGAAAACGGCGCUUCGAGCACGACGGAGGAUUUCGGAUUCGGAGUUUACAACGACCACCAUUUUCAUUUGGGCUAUUUCGUUUACUCAAUCGCCGUUCUUGCAAAAAUUGACCCAAAUUGGGGGGAAAAAUACAAGCCCCACGCGUACGCUUUGGUCUCCGAUUACAUGAAUUUCAGACCCAAAAAAUUCCCAUUCUCAAUUCCGUUUAGAAAUUUCGAUUUCUGGAAGCUCCAUUCCUGGGCCGCUGGAUUGCACCCAUUUCCCGACGGCCGGAAUCAGGAGAGCACCAGCGAGGCCGUGAACGCAUAUUACGCGGCGGCGCUGCUGGGUCUGGCGUACGGCGACGAGUCCUUCGCUGCCGCCGGGACGGCGCUGGCGACGGCGGAGAUUCUCGCGGCGCAGACGUGGUGGCACGUGAGGAGAGACAGCGGGAUUUACGAGAGGGGAUUUGUGGAGGAAAACAGAGUGGUGGGGAUUUUGUGGAGCGGCGCGAGGGAGAGCCGGCUGUGGUUUGCGCCAGCGGAGUGGAGGGAGUGCCGGCUGGGGAUUCAGGUGCUGCCGGUGCUGCCGGUGACGGAGCGGCUGUUUUCCGACGAGGAGUAUGUGAGGGAGGCGGUGGAGUGGGCGGCGGCGGCGGUGGAGCGGGAGGACGCCGGGGAAGGGUGGAAGGGAUUUGCGUACGCGUUGGAAGGGAUUUAUGAUAAGAAAAAUGGAGUUGAGAAAAUUAAGAAGUUGAAGAAUCAUGAUGAUGGGAAUUCUCUCAGUAAUCUUCUGUGGUGGAUUUACAGCCGGCCGAACGGAAGUUCUUGAAGAACAGAGAUUUUGAUAUUUUUGAUUGUGAUGUUUUCCACGUUUUUCAGGUGUAGAUUUAUCUUUUUGUGAGUGAUUUAUUCUUUAGAAUUCUUUCAAGGUUUAUUAAUCAAUAUACAUACUCAUAUGGGUUUCACAAUUA